ACACACUCAUACAAAAUGACAUAUGUUCUAGGCCAGCAUACUGUUCGUCAGCAAGAGCAUAUCAAUAAUAAAAUGUGUGCGGCACUUUUACGAAACAGCAUUAAAUGCAUAAAUUUGAGAAUAAACCCAUCGGCGCUUACAAGCAGAAACAUCUGCGCAAGUGCAUUAUGUUGUAAUUGGCGCAAGUCGGCUUCCGUUGAUGUGGAACGCAAAUUACUAAACGAUGAUAAUCUGCCCAAUCAUUAUCAGUUGAUUUAUCGAGCGCCUAUGGAGAACUAUGUAGCAUGGUCCAAGAAUGUAUCCACUGCCACUGUGAGCAUAAUUGGUCUCUUGGCCGGUUAUCAGUUCGCCACAACCUCCAACAUGUUGGACAUGACCAGACAGAUUGAUAUUUCAAUUCUGAUGUCGAAUGAGAGUGACUUGUAUUAUUUUACUGUGGGAUUUGUGCUCAUCAACUUGGCAAUACGUGCAUUUGUUGCUAUGUAUCCUUUAAGAAUCUACAAAAGUUCCGACAAAUAUGUUGCGGUAUAUGGUUCACAAUUGCCGUUCGGGACUAUUAAAAACUACUUUAGCCGCGGAGAGAUUGCGGAGUACAAGAAUGUGCUGAAUCCUUGGAGUCAUGUUAUGUUCAAACUAGGCCAGCGAUCGUCGUUACUUUUGGUUGACUACUUUAAGAAUCCUGCUGAAUUUCAAAAGCUAUUCGAGGACAAUGAAGAAUAACUUAUUUGUUUGUAUAUGUAUAAAGUUGAUUUUUUAAUUA